AUGGAUCCGAACAGCUUGCUGAGCAUGAAUCUAGCACUGAACGUGGCUCGGAAGUGUCGCAUUUGCGGCAUGGACAUUCUGGACCUAACGUGCGCCUUCCCGAUCUUUGGCAACGACCGAUUGGACCAGAAAAUCGAACGCUAUCUUCAGCUUAAUAUUCAAAUCGAUGAUCUCCUCCCGAAAUGUAUCUGUGGAUCCUGUUACCUGAAGCUCGAAAGCAUCGACCAGUUCUCGCUGAUGGCACACCGCACCGAGGAAGCAUUCCGCUCGUGGCUUGGCCGUCUACGGGGUCUCAACUGUCCAGCAGAAACAGCGAAAAAUGUUAACGUAAUGUUACCCCUGUACCGACCCGAUCCGGAAAUUAUAGAUACAAAGAAGGGAGCCAUUCUGUGCCCACCGAAGAGUGUGCAGAAUGUUUCUGCACCAACAACGAUCACGUCCAAUCCACCGGCAAGCAGCAGCCCACCGGAUAAGGGCAUAAUAUCGUACAGUGAUCUCAAGCUGGGCCUGCUAAUCAAGGAUCAGGAACUGCUAAAGCUGAUCCUGAAAGCGCUCAAGUGGGCGGAAAAUGAUCGCCGAGCAUCGUUUGAGGUGUUGAUACAGAGGCUUAAAAAUUCUAGCUUUCGGGAGAUUCUUUCCAACCGUAACUUGCUAAAUGACAGUGAUCUUACUCAACUGCUCAAAUCGUACAUAGGGCAGGGUGUGAUGAAUAGUUUCGCUUCGGCUCCCGCUGGUUCCUCGGUACCUUUAAACAACAAUGUUCCACCGACGGUGCUGCUUCAACCCAAUGUUCUGGAUCAAGCCAACCCGGGAAAUGAGUAUUUUACGGAACCGAAUAAAAUGAAGCUUAUUCAUCAAGCUCCUUCAGCUGCAUCAGGAACCGUUGGAGCGGGGGUAAUUAAUGUGAAUGAGUACAGGAUCGACGAAGCCAACGUCACACAGAUGGAGGUAGGAGUAGAUCCCGACUUGUACCUACCAUACGAGGAUGAGGAUAGCAGCAGUGCAACGAAAUUUGAGGCAAGGCUCGACGAUCGUCAGGAUAAUACGGUCACCAUAAAGCUCGUUACUACGAACGUGGCUGGAGAUAUGAUCGAAAACAAGAGGAUGAUUCCAGCGAUCCUCAAUGUCCGUAGUAACAAACGCUUUCAAUGCAGUGCAUGUCCAGAAUGCUUCGAAACGAACGGUGAACUUCAGCAGCACAUUGUGCGGCAACAUCUGCCUAGAACCAACCGUACGGUGAUGACCGAGCAAGGAAAACCGGCCAUCAAAAUUCGAGUUCGGAAGAAUAAACUCACACCGAUUUCUAAUUCACCAACAACAUCAACUUUCUCCGUACCCUCGCCACCUGCAUUGCCUUUAGAGAGCACCGGUUCAACGUCACCUUCAACAAUUAAAAUUGUGCCAUUGAAAAUUCCGGCCUCCACCACCAUUACCAUUGUUCCUGCGGCACCUAGCCAAGUGAACCCGAUCAAAUCGGUUGAAGAUCAAAAAUUGGCAAACAGCACAACGAUCGAAAAAAUACCACCCAUCGUUGCUUCCCCAAAGGGAGAUCCAUUGGUUCGUAAAUCAAAACGGAAAUCCUCAGUGAAGCUAGACGUUAGCUCGCUGCUACAAACGAAAAAGCAGAAAAAACUUAAAGCACAGACAGAUGAACAACCGACGACAUCACAACCGAAGUCUUCACGCAAAGCCAAUGCAUCCUUCUGUACGCUUUGUCGGAAGAAGUUAACGGCACGGGAAAGCCUGCGCGAUCACAUGCAGCAGGAACAUUCACGCUAUGAGUGUGAAAAGUGUGAUCGAUCAUUUAAAAGUGCACUCACUCUAAGCCGUCAUCAGCAGUAUCAUGCGAGUGUAUCCGGUACUAACACAUCAUCGAUCAUGCAGUCGAAGGGCACGAUACAACGAACGCCCAUAUCAAAACCACCCGAACAGGAGCAAACGUACAAAUGUAACUACUGCGUGAAAGCAUUUAAAAGAAGCCAUCAUCUGAAGCUACACCUAAAGCAUCACACAAAGGACGCGACAGUGGCGCAUCCAUUAGAGGAGAAACCAACCACCGGAAACGGUUUGCGUAAACGGACGAAACAUAACCGUGCCGACGAAACAAACAGUGCCAUUAGCAGCGUGCUUCAUGCCAGCGAGACGACCAGCACCAGAACAAGGAAGAUGGUGGAGGCGUCCAAACGCAAAAGUACAAUAAAUAGAAGAGUAAGAUUUUCUUGCUAG